AGUGGGAGUUUAUGGAAAUAGUUCAGUCUGGAAAACAUCGAUUUCUGAUAAAUUUUCUUGUCCACUUUUUCCUUCAUUUUUCCAGGAAUUAGCACACGAAAUCGCUUCAAAAUGAGCCUUGUUCGAAAUGUGGGGCGAUUGGCCCAGCAAGGUGCUCGCCAGGUAUCUACAACCUCCGUGUGCAAUGCCGCAAAGGGUGACAUCCAUCCCGGAUACUUCAGGCUAAAGGAGGUCCAGGCCAAAUUCCAGAAACCUGAUGGACUUCCGGUUCAUCUGAAGAUGGGCGCUAGAGAUCAGAUUAUGUACAGAGUUACGAUGGGCUCGUGCCUGAUUGGUCUUGGGUUUGUCUUCAAGCUCUUCUACGACCUCAGCUAUCCCCCAAAACCAGAAUAAUUUCUUAAACACAAAAAAACCAAUGCCAAUCCUCCGUAGUCGUCUCGUUAGCUAAAAAAAAAUAUUUAUGUUCAACAUCUUUCCAACAUACAACACGGGUCAGGUCAACAGAACAUUUCCACAUAAGCAUUUCGGUUCGAUUUUCAGGAUCUAUAAUUUAAAAAAGAAUAAAGAAACAAACUUAUAUUUCAAUAAUGGAGAGGCAUUUAAAUAAAGCGUAAUGUAUUCGUGAAAUAAUAA